AUGGGUGCAUGUUGUACUAGUAGCUCGAAAGACCUUCCAGUAUACUUUAAAUAGCCUGCACCAUCACUUCUAUUGGUGUGCGAUGAAACAGCUUUUGAAAAUAGCCACAAGGAAAGCUUAAGAGUUUCACAUUACGAAGGUCCAAUAUCUUCAUACAAAUCAAGCCAACUCGUUGCUAACCCAUCAAUAGAAGAAGCUAAUGAAAUCGAUAUCACCCUAUAUUCUACUAGCUUCCAUGAGCAGCAUUCAGACCAAAACUAA